AUGAAUACACCUGUAGAGGACGAAACGGAGAUAGAUUCUAUACUCUCACCCUUUUUGCGGGAAGACUUCUCCAAUGAUGAUCUCACAGCGGCGGAAAGAUCACUCCAAUCUCUCUUGGAUGCUUUGAAAAAACGAGAACAGCAAAAGUCUAAUGCAUCCAUAGUGGAAAACACAUGUCGUUCACUCUUGCAUGCAUAUGUUUGUAUCAUUCGUACAGCUGCUGGGAAGUGCCUGGCGGAGGAUAAAUGUAAUGAGUCCAUGUGGAAGUGGUUAUUGAAACUUACUGUCUGUAUUAGUCGCACAAUUGCAGAACUGUGCUCCUUACCAGUUUCUGCCGUUUAUUACAAUGAUAAGGAUAGUAAUAAUCCCGCUGUAGGUGUGGUUCUACAGGUACUAUCGGAUCUACUACGUCCACCGCCUAGGAUGCGGUGUAUGGAUAGGGAAAUGACAUUUUUCUUCUGGCAGUGUUAUCCAUGGUGGUGUUCUCUUCUCUAUCAUUGCCUUAUAGUUCCCUCACGAGGGGAAAUGAUUGCUAAAACUACAACCAACAUAGUAGCUCGAGCUGUUAUUUGGGUUUCACGAUACUAUACAGCUGAGAAAAUACCACAAGAAGUAAGUCGUUGUGAUACACCAGUGUCUAAUAAUAAUAAUAAUAUAGAUCCAUUGACGUUUCUCUCUUCGUUGUAUCCCAAUAAAGAUGACCAUAGGCGAAUGACCCCACCCGUCUCUGCAUGUAUGGAUUCAGAUCUUCACUCUAGUGUAGAUUGGGAUGUAUUUGGAGGGGAGUCCAUGUAUGCAAUCCCACCUGGACAAUCUAUGGAUGUGGAUGGGGCAAAGAAUAUUCAUUCUUUUUUUAGAUCAGAAAAGGAACGACGAGUCGUCGUGCGGAAGAACAGUAAUACAAUGCAUCUUGACAUGUCCUCUGACUCCCUCUUGACAUCCUCAUUAUCAAUGAUAAGAAGAAAGAAGAAUAUCUCUCUUGCUGCUGCUGCUGCUGCUGCUGCUGAUGUGGAAUCAUCUCUUCCAUCUCAUCAAGCAUUAUAUGUGGCGGCAAAACUUGGGACGCUCUUCACCACACAGGAUCUUCACACACUACUUCCACUUCGUAUGGAGAUUCGAAAUAUGGUACAACAAGACGGGGAAAGUGAUGGAGUUUCCCAAACAAUAGUUGAGAAACAACAUCAUUGUGAAGUGUGUGAUAUAAUCAUAAUAAUAAUAAUGGCAGAACGCUUGGAACUCUCUGGUAGUGAAUCCAAACGCUCGGCUGCUGCUUGUAGUCUUCUUAUUUUACACAAGAUACUUUCUCGUGCCACAGUCUGUAUAGAAAUGCCUUUGAAGAGAAGUUUAGGAGAAAAAACCGCCGCCGCCGCUUUGACUGCAUUACUUCGCCAUGAUGCUGAGAUGGCAGAUGCUCUUCUCUCGUUAGUAAUACUUUCCCAUGAAGUUAGUGCAUUUCGUUAUUUUAUUUCUCUUUGGCGUGCCGCUUUGGUUUCACAUUCGAUUGCAUUUUCAGAGACAAUGGCGUGGCUUUUUGCUGGUCUUGCACAUAUUAUUGAGAAACACAUAAUGGAAAGCGAUGAGUUCAUAAAAGCCCUCAUGAAUGUUAUUGGAGAGACUUUUAAUGCUAUGAUUCAAGUAAUGAUGACCUUAGUCUCAGUUUCUUUAAGAAACAAUGAUACUUCAAUGAUCUCGGAUGUGAAUGACGUUAAAAAGAGGGAUAUGUGUACUCAUUGCUUUAUUGAAGUAUGGGAUUCGCUGUUACGUCUAACAUGUCCAUAUACUGAACCAACCCUACAGAAGAAUAUUUCAAUGUUAAUAAUAGAUGUUGAAUCUCUCUCUAAUAAUAAUAAUAAUAAUAAUAAUAAUAAUAAUAAUAAUACCCCUAUAGUGUGUGCAUGGACGCAACUGCGUGAGUUUCUCGAGUCAUACUAUAUCUCCGUAGUGAGAAGAGUACUGAAGAAAAAGGAAAUGUCUUUGAUGGAGCAGCGUCCACAUCAAUGCAAUUGGUGGCCACAGGAAAUAGUGGAUGAUCCACAAGAGUGCCAAAGAAUUUUACAACACACACUUCUGAUGAGUGAGUACGCAUGCCGUAGUGAUGUUGUAAACAAUCUUUCUAACCAUGUGAUGAAUUACUGUAGACAUCCUGCAGCCUUCUUCUUGGAAGGUAAUGAGGGACUUUGUAUACAAUUAUUCUCUAUACAACCCGAUAUUCCUCGUGAUGUAUACAUUAUGGAGUUGCAGAGUGUAGCAGCAGAGAUGAUUACAGUUGUGGCUCGUUCACUCUCUGAGAAACCCGGACGUUUUCUCUUUAGAUCUCCUUUUGGAUUAUCCUCUGGAUAUUAUGCCGUAACCUAUACACGUCUUUUGUAUUUGCGUUUUCUUCAAACCGUAUUUCAAGCCUAUUCCUCCAAUCAUCACUAUAUACGGGGACUAUUGUCUGCCAUUCGUUCUCUCACAGUUCUAGAGAAGACUGCCCAUCGCACGGCUAUAAGUCUAUCGCUGCCAAACUUAUUAAGCCGCAUGUUACCAAUGGGUUCUCCCAUUGUAUCUGCAAGUGAUAGAAUGACAGAGAAGGUAAUAACGAUGGAAACACAACGAAUGUACCCAACAUCAACAUCUGCAUCUAUUACUUCUUUCCUUGUAGAUGAGUUGGGGAGUAGUGGCAGUAGUAGUAGUGGUGGUAGUUGUCUCCCGCAGAAUGUACAAGAAGAUGAAGUUGAAGAAAGAGAAAAAGAAAAAGAAGAAGAAGAAACGCUCAAUGGGGAUGUAGAGAUAACAAGUUCUCCUGUAAAACCUGUUAUUCCUCCACUUGCUCUUAGUACUCUGGCACCACCGCAGUACUUCACCGAUAAAGAGGCGACAACUUGUGUGAAUGGCGAUACGAAAUCUUCCCCUGUACUUAACAAGCAAUCAAUACCAGUAGUACCACCAUUAAACCUUAUGAAACAUAAUAAUAGUCAUCAUCAUCAUCAUCAUCAAGAGUUAGUAAAACAGAUUCCUAGUCAAGAAAUAAUUUCAAGAGAACACAAUCCACUGGCGACCUUGAAAGAACCUGCACAAUUAGCAGAGUUACUACUUUCACUUUGUUGUUUGCUUCCAGGUCGUGAGGGUGGUUUGAUAAGCCAAUCGAGUCUCAUUACUACCACUACUACCACUAAACAUAAGGUGAAUGGGAAAUUAAAACGACCUCAAGGUGAUACAGCUCGCUGGACUCCCCCUCUUGUACGUAUUCUUUCAGCUAUACAGGAAUUCACACAUCACUAUUCCAAUAAAUCUUCACGACAACUCUUUGAUGCCCUUGUUUCUAAGGAAAUACAACCAAGCAAUGCUCUCUGGAUAGGUGUGGAUGUGCUGCGUACAUUUCUCUUACCACAAUUGCAGCUCUUAGAUGGACUAGAGAUAACAGAACGGAUCGGGGCAGGUGGAUAUGGUGUGGUAUUCUCCGCCACUCACACCUGCUGCAAUCACACUGAGUGUAAACAUGGCACAUUGGCAAGAAAUACAUCUUUAGUCGCUUUGAAGUUAUUACCCGUAACCCGACGAAGUACAGAUGACUCUAGUACACUGGUGAGUUGCCAUACAGAGGCAACAUCUCUAAGGCAUCUUAAAGGACAUUCCCGCAUUUGUGAAAUACUUUUUUCCGGAUGCACGGAUUCUCAUUAUGUGAUUGCUAUGCCACUAUACAAGGGAGGUUCUCUCCGUUCCUGGCGUUUAACAAAGAGUGGCUUUCCUAUUGUGAAGAGUCUUGAUGAUUUAAAUUCUAGUAAUAUGGGAAUAAAAGAAAAAGAUUUAGACUCUACAAGAAUUACAUUGGAUGACAAUAUUCUCUCUUUGUGUGGACCUCUUUUUGCACAGGUGUUGGAGGCCGUGGAGUUCAUGCACUCCAAGUAUAUACGUCAUAAUGACCUCAAGGCAGAUAACAUCCUUAUUGAGAAUUAUCGAAUCGAAGAUAUACUUCUGACUCCAGAUUCUAAUACGGAUAAAGAGAAGCAGGAGAUGAGGAAGGAGAUAAUGAUUCCCACUGCCAUUCGACUGUGUGACUUUGGUGUAUGUGAAGUUGUUGCUGAAGAUAUGGGAUCUAUGCAUGGAGGUGAUGUGGUGUGGGGUCCUGCAAAGGGAACAGAGGCCGUGCAGGCACCAGAGAUGCUGGCGUUAACAAACACCGUAGCCAAGAGAUGGAGAAAAGGUGAUACAAUGGAAGGUGGUGUUCAUUCCUCAUUAUGUGUGGAUUCAAGUGAAGAGGAUCGUGAUAGUGUUAGUAGAGGACUCUCAGCGGAUAUGUGGUCCUGUGGAUGUUUGCUGUAUGAACUUUUAACGGGAGAAAUGCUCUUUGGUGGUGUGAACCUCGGUCGUCUCCUCUCACUCGCAGCCAAUCUACAGACCGGCGAGGAUGCCAAUAGUGAGGUAUUACAACCCCAACAGAGAGAAAUUCUUGAUGGAAUGGGUGUAGGUGUAACCGACUUUGUUUUGCAGCUUCUUGCACUGAAACCUGCUGAGCGACCGACGGCUUCUGCAGCUCGACAGGCGUGGGAGGAUAUCAUUAUACAAGUGCGGAAGUAA